UAGAAUUUAUAGAUCUUUGUUUUUUGUUUACAUCCAAUGUUUUCGUACCUGCAUUAGGAUCCGACUAAAUUUUGGUUCGUGCCGGAAAAUCUCACGUAGGGGUAAAGUCCUCAUUAACAAAGAUGACUUCAUACUUAAGACUUGAACCCGAGAUUUCUGAUUAAGUAUAAAUGAGUACUUACCACUCCAUUAUAACUCUAGUUAUUAGAAUUUAUAGACUUGCAUAUGUACGUAUAUGCAUUAUUAGCAAUAUUUGUAUGUUAUUUGUUAUAGUAAAAGGUUUGACUCAAAUUUAAAGUGGUAUACUGAGGUUAUACCAAGGUUUAACGUUAAAUGGAUCUAAGACGCCUCAUAAAGUAUAUAUCUAUUUUUAUGUCUAGAUAGUUUGGCAUAAUUUUUAUUUUAAUGAUGGACUAAAUUAAAAAAAAAUGUAACUAUGUAUUAUUUAAACUUAUGGUGACAAGUGUAUAUGCGUUUAACAUGUGUUAAAGUAUGUGGGUAGAAGUAGUUUUGUUCAUGUCUUUGUUUAUUUCUUGUGUUAUUCUUGUAUGCUAUGUUGAUUGUGAGACUCCUUGUACAUGUUAUUAGCCAUGCUUGGGGCCUUGAUGAGAUAUAAGAGCGAGUUGUCUCUUGAAAUGUUGUUUGGCUACUAAGCUCUAGUCAUAUUUAUCCUUAGUAUAUUAUGCUUACUCAUUUUCUCCACGGUAUUAUGUUAUAUUCCUUGCCAUGUUGUUUGAUGGGUGUUUCCAUAUGGAUUGGUAUUGAGGUUUGGAUCGGGUUGCAUGCUGCAACGGUGUUAAGAUUUGGAUUGGGUUGCACACCACAACCGUAUUAAGAUUGGACCGGAUUGCAUGCCACAGCGAUAUAGAGGAAAUGUUUCCGAUAUUUAUCGCCUCGCAGUGACCGUGAAAGGCGUUGAUGUAGUGGCAAUAAGGAGUUGUUACGAGUUCGAAGGCGAGUGGUUACAAGUCAUAGAAAACAUUUACGAGAAACCAAUUAUUCCAAUUGGUUUGCUUCCCACAACUAGCUAUGAUGAUGGAGAAGAAGAUAACAAUGAAACAUGGCUAGAGAUGAAAGCAUGGCUAGAUAUGCAACAAAAAGGUUCAGUAGUUUAUAUUGCAUUUGGGAGCGAGACAAAGCCAAGCCAAGAUGAACUAACAAUCAUAGCAUUAGGUUUAGAACUUUCAAACUUGCCUUUCUUUUGGGUGUUUAGAAAACAACGUGGAUGUGCAGAUUCAAAAGUGAUCGAGUUACCUGAACAAUUCGAAGAGAGAACAAAAGGACGUGGAUUUAUAUGUACGAGUUGGGCACCUCAAUUAAAAUUACUGAAUCACGAAUCAAUAGGUGGAUUCUUGACGCAUUCUGGAUGGAGUUCAGUAAUAGAGGCAGUACAAUUUGAGAAACCGUUGAUAUUAUUGCCUUUUUUAGCCGAUCAAGGGAUGAUUUGUAGCCACUUGACUGAGAAGAAAUUGGGAUAUCCAAUUUUUAGAAAUGAAUUGGAUGGAUCAUUUACUAAAGAAUGUGUGGCUAAAUCUCUGAGGCUGGUAAUGGUGGAGGAAAAAGGAAAAAUUUAUAGCCAAAAUGUUAAAGAGAUGAAAGAGUCUUGUAGUAAGGAUGUACAACAACGUUUUGUGGAUAAUUUGUUGGCUUAUCUACAGAGUCACAAAAGGUUUCAAAGAAGAGAAAGCAAUUAGGUGAGAUUGAUUCAGGUUCGAGUUUCAGAAGGAAAACUUCUUGAUAGGGAGCGCUUUACUCUUUGAUGUAUUUGGAUUAGUCGGAUAUUAUGUCUCUUGCACCCUUUUCCCUGGCUUAUGGCUAUGCUGCACCUUUAUAUAUGUUAUGUAAAAGUUAUAAAAUAAAUAGACGCUGGAGUCUUAAUUAGCAGGAAAAUUUAGAUUCUCAAUGGGAAAUAUGGACUGAAUUGGCAAUCUAAUAUAAAAAAGUUGUGUCCUA